CAGAACCAUCUACUGUCCUUUUGAAACCACUGAUGGUCACUAGAAAGGAACUGCGUCUGUCUCCUGUGGAUGCACCAGCUGUGCCAGCUCUGAAAACACCAGUGCCCCUUCCUAAAGAGCUGAUGUUUCUUGUGCAGGAACCAUCAGCUUCCACACAAUCAAAAAAAGGUGUUUCAGCGACAGAGGGCAGUAUCUCUCGAGCGUGCAGGACACUUUCUUUUGAGGAAUCUAACAAAGAUGAACCAUGUUCCUCUGCUCCUCCUCCUUCAGUGUGUGUUCCACCACCUGUUCGACCGACAGCGCAAAGCACACCAACCCUUCCUAGAGUUCCUGCUCCACAGCUUCCUGGAUAUGAUAAUGACACGCGUCAGUGGAAGUGUUCUCAUCAACAGAGGAUCUGGAUGAAGACUGAGUUGGAAUCCAUGGGUCUGUGGCCAGGCUCUCCUCCUGUGAGCAACCCCAUGAAGACCGUGUCACUGUGGCGUUUACCUCCUCAACCUGAGCUGAUAGACACAGACUCUGAUCUGCCGUCAGCCAAAUAUUUUCAGCUUCAUCCUUUUUUUAUUUGGAAACCUGAAAAUGACACCUUGAUGGCUAGACUUAAGAGUAACUAUGCUCUGCCAUGCAUUGCGGGGUGUAGCAAAGCACAGGUCACGUGUGCAGGAGUCGGUAGACCUCGUGUGAUCGUGGGCAUCACAGGUCAGUACUACCUCUUCUCAUCUCGGCUGUGCUGCAAAGUCUGCAAGAAAAGGUGGUAUGCAGACAACCCACAGUGGCUGGAAAAGCUCCCCAAAAGGUUUACAAAUGUACUGCCAGCAAUUAUUACUUACAAGAAGGCCAUCUGUAGAUCUGUGAUGGAUGAGCUGCGGCGUACCGGAAAAUCACCCUCAGACAUGGCCAGGCAGGUGAUUGAAAUGAUGCACCUGAAAUUUGAACGUGCCGACUUUGCCUACCUCCUCAGUUGCCAGAAUGUCCUGGAUUCCGAGGCUGGAAAGUAUGGACAGAAAACCAUCACAGGAUUCCUAAGAAAUGAGACCAAGCCUGCUCCCUUUGGCGAGUAUGAUGAUCCUGAUGGAUGGAAUGGAAUCUCUGUGUCUGCAGACUACCUCACUGACUGCCUCCUUUAUGAGUACCAGCGACAACAGGUAGCUAUUAGAAAGCUACUGCAGGGCACCUUUGGGCAGGCUUUACGUUCUGACCACACCCGGAAAGUGGCAAGGAAAGUUACAUUUACCUCUGGCACAAUGUCAUCUUACGCCACCAUGAACGAAAACUGGAUGAUCCUUUCGUGGGUGAUGGUGCAGUCUGAGACGGAAAGGUCAUUGGAACCCAUGUAUCAGGGCCUAGCAAACCGGUACAACAUUGCAGGAGUGGAAAAGGCAAGGGAUUGCUGUGCAGCGUUCAGGGUGCCGGAUCUGCAGGCUGGAGAACAUCUCAACUGGAAUGCCUGGAGAACUGCUGAUGCUGAUAUUGCCGAGGCCACUUCUGAUCUUCCCGAGCAAAGCAGACCGUCCACUGCCAGGGCUGGAUACCUUUCAUCUGACCUUGAUCCACAUCCAGAGUCAGGAUCCAUUACCACUUUGCCUGCCCCCUUGCUGUCCUCAUGCCAUGGUGCUGAUGUGGAUCUUCAGCCUAAGCCAGAAUCUGCUGAUACGCUGCCUGUGUCAUUGUUUCACCGUGCCUGCACAGAGCCUCAGUCAGAGCCAGGAACAACACAUGUACCGCCUCUGCCUAUGGUGUCCUCACCUGCAAGCGCUCGUACUGGACCUGUGAAGACUGGUGGAAGGGUGUUUGUGCUAGACCACAAACGGUGGACAACGGCAAUGAAGGAGGCAAUUGACAACCUGCUUACUGAACAUCAUGGGAAGAAGGAUAUGCUCAAACUUGUGGAUCAGGAGUAUGCAGCAAUGGUCCAUAACUCCAGUACUGAUCCCAACAGCAUGCUCCAUCCUACUACAAAACUGCACAUAGCUCAGUAUGUCAAGCACUUGGCCAAAUUGCUAAACACCAGUUCUUCGUUAAAUACUUCUCCUGAAAAACUACUUCAGACACAGCGACUGUGGCACUCUCUGACAGAGGGGAGCGAGACUACUAGUGUGCCAGUGGUUAAAAUUAAUCCUGCAGUUGUAAACCCACCAGCACUUGCUCUGACCACACCACUUUCACACGCAACCAUUGAGAGGAUCGUUGAGGGUAUUAUGGAGAAGCAUCAACAGCAACAACAACAACAACAACAACCAGAAAAAAAAAGAAACAGAUGAAGACUUGUGCUGCCU